AUGGCCAACGUGUCAAGUGACCUCGAUACACCAGAGGGACGCGAGUUCAUAAAGAAGCUCGACAGCCUUCAGACGAAGCUGAACCAUGUCUCGACAGGGGUUUAUCAGCUCUGCGUAGACAGAGAGUACCGAGAGGCUUGCUUCGCGGCACGACUGUUCAACAGCUAUUCCAACACGAGCGCAGACAAGCUCAGGCCGCUCCCGACCCCGCCGGCACGGCCCGUAUCCGUCGAGGCUACGACCGAGGUACCACCGCCAGGCGAACCCCCAGCUUUCUUCCCCGCAACCGUCGGCGACGCCCAUCGCCUGACCGACGAGCAGGUCAGCGUGCUCCUUGCUGCGUAUGGCCUGACAGACCAGGGCGACUUGGAUGCCAAGCGUGCGCGCCUGUGUAGCUUUGUCGGCUGUCUACCCCCCGGCACAGCUGGCGCAUGA